GAUCACAACACUUCUCUUGUAUUUCGUUGUCUGCAUAAUCGCUGCCAAGAGUAUUGUUAUUAAUAACCAAAAAGAAUGACAGAAGAAGUGACAUCAUCAUCUGCUCAAGGAAGUAAAAUUCCGAAGAGAAAACCAAUGAAAAUGAUUGUAGUUAAAUACUUUGAAGAUACUGAUAAAUAUGCCAAGAUUAUUCCAAGGCCAGCAUUUCAUAUUUUAAGAAGAAGAUUGGAAAAUGAAUCCGCUCAAACAGGAAAGGCAUUCAAAGCACCAUCAAAAGAGGAUGCUGAAAAUAUGACUAAAGUUUAUGGACACGAUUUAAUGGGAUCAAUAUCAAGAGAUCAAUCCGAUUGGUUUGCUACCUACGAUCCAAUCACUUCUAUCAUGAGUUAUAAUGAUAAACUGAACAAAUUUGAAAUUGUUACGGAGAAUGCAGAACUUGAUUGUAAUGAACAAGAGAAUGUCUAUACAUUCCACGUAAAGAGAAAAGUUCAACAAUGUUUAGCUCAGAGUACAAUGACAUUCUCGUCUAUUGGUGGUGCUGAGACUUGGUUAGAAACAGCCUUUUUAAGACUGAAUAGAAAUGUAACCAUUAGAUACUAUGAUGUUUUCCAUAACGGAUAUACAAGAUUAUACAAGGGUGAGAAAAUUCCACCUGGAAGAACAGGUAAAUCUAUGGUUAAACUUUUAAUUGAAAACAUUUUACCAAGUGCCAUUGAAAAACAAGACUCAAUUUUAAAUUCUGUGGAAAGUAAAAAGGAGACUGGUGGAUUUAUUGAUGAUGAUGACUCUGCUGUUGGAAGUGGGUUUAAUUGGGAUGAAGUGGAUGAAAAAGGACCAUACAUUGAUCUUGAUGAUGAAAGAAAGGACAAUUCUGAUGAUUUUGUUUUUAUUGAAAAAACUGAUGGAUUGGAGGAUUUACAUCUUUCACGUUAUGUAGAUAUUCAAAAGAUACCAAUUGAUUCAUUACUCACUGACGAUAAAAGACAAAGGGAAGGUGCUUGGAAGGAUGUUCAAAAAUUCCCUCUCAGCCACUCUGAAGUUUCCAAAUCCACAAAAGGGUUGAUAAGAUCUGGAAUUCCUCAGUCAAAGAGAUGUUUAUUAUGGACUGGAAUUUCUGGCUCAAAAUCUCUUUUGAAACAGAGUCCAUAUUUCUAUGAAAAUCACUUCGAAAAGACAUACGGUCACUAUACCACUAACGAGGUUCACAAGAACAAGAAGGAAUUUAUUGAAUCUGUAGAUCCAAGAAUUGUUGCUGAAUUUGGUUCAAAGUUACCAGGUUAUAAUGUAGAUAAUCCAACUGGAGCUGUUAAAGAAGAACCAAAGAAGGAAGAGGAAGAAUUUGAUGAAGAGACUGGUGAGCCAAAGGUUGUAACUAAGAAGAAGGAAGUUGAUAGAGAUUUUUGUUUACUCAAUGUUGAUGGUAUCAAAUCAGCAAAGAGAAUUCUGUGUGUUCUUGCUGAUCAUCACUUGGACAUUGAUUAUUGCCCACCAUUACCAGAUCUUGUUCAAUUAUUAUUGAUCAUUAUGAAUGAAAAACAAGCUUAUGCAACUGCCCACUGUAUGCUUGAAAAGUCCAGAGAAUCCAAAUGGUACUUUAGAACUAACAAGAUGCAACAUGCUUUAUUUAUUGAAUCAUUUAGUGAUAUCAUUAAGAAGAAUAUUCCAAACUUGGGAAGUCAUUUUGAAAAGAUUGGUUUUGAUAUCAGUACUGUUACCUAUAAGUGGUUCUCUAGACUCUUUGUUCCAUAUUUACCAUUCAACUUUGUUUUGAGAACUAUGGAUUCAUUCAUUAAUGAAGGUGCCAAGAUUUUAUACAGAGUAGCAUUUGCAGUAUUGAAAACUAUGGAACCAAAAUUAUUGAAGAUUCUCUCACCAAACUUUAUGGAAGAAAUUCUCACAACAAAUACCUCUCUGAGUAUUGAUGAAGAUGAAUUUUUCAAGACAGCCUUCAAAUUUGGUAUUUCAAGAAAAUAUCUUACACAGCUGGAUGAAAAGAAUAGAGCAGAAAUUAAUCCUGCCAAAUUAACUGGUAAAAUGUCCACCUUUGUCAAGCCAAAGAUUUCCUCACAAUCAGAAAUCAUUAAGGAUAUCUCUCAAUGGGAGUUACUCUUUUCUUGGCUUUCAUAUAAGCAAAAGUUGAGAACUCUUGCACUGAGAUUCACCACCUCUAGAGAUGGUUAUAGUUUGUCACAAUUGUAUAGUAUUUGUAAUGAUAUUGGCCCUAAUAUCCUUCUGAUAUCAGCCGUUCCUAUCUCAUUAGAUGGUGACAUUGACGAUAUCAAGAAGCAACAAAAGGAAGAAAAAAAUCAACCUCACACACAAGAAUUACAAAUUUCUGAAAAUGAAGAAGAUGCCAUGAAAGUCAUUGAAAUGAUUAGAAAACAUAAGGAGCAAGGUACAUCAUUAAGAAAGUCUUUAAAGAAGGACCCUAAUGCUAAAAAGGAAGCACCAGUAGAAAAGAAGAAAAAGACAGCAGAUGUUUGUGUUUUUGGAGCUUACUGUGGUGAGUCCUAUGAUAAGACCUAUCGUUUUGAAGGUACGACAGAUACCUUCUUAUUCUCAAUGUAUCCCGUGGAAGCCAGAUACAAAUGGUCAAGGAAGAAUGACUUUUUCGUAAUGGGUAGAAAGGACAGAUUGGUAUUUGGUGCUGGUGGUGAUGGUCCUGCCUUACAAAUCGAUGAUCAGCUCUGUAUUGGUACAAGUAAUAGAUGCACAACAUUUGACAAUGAGCCACUAGUUGGUUCAAAAACAACCUUCUCUGUUUUGAAGGUUGAAGUUUGGUAUUUCAAAUAAAACAUUUGGAACAGGACUUUGAAAAUU